AGCAACCACAUCUGGUCGAGUACACAACACAGCCAGUGUCCAGCAAAUCGACGCCUUCAGGCUGGUCACGUUGGCCACGCGGCGCCCCCGCUCACACCCGUGCGUACGUGAGCUCGACUAAAUGAAUGCUCCAUACUCGUCCUCUUCUCCUGAGCUCGAGAAGUAAUUACCAUAGAGCGAACCGAACCAGCCCUCAGUAGAGCGGCUCCGGCGGCUGAGAUGGAGGUACACACCGUCAACGGGCAUACUGGCGACUACCAUGCGCCCAAUGGCACGUCUCCGCACCCCAAGACCCGCGCAUCUCCGCCGUCCUCUCCGCCCUCGUCCAUAUACUCCGCCGCGAGCAUCGACGAGAUCCACGCCGCGCUCGCUGAGCUCGGCCGCCACGAGGCCAGUGUGACCGCCCGGCUGGAUGCUCUCGUCGCAUCGCAGAAUGAGCUGUCGCGCGAGCUGGGCCGAUUGGAUCUCCUGCGCGCCAACCUGGGCUCCCAAGCUGUUGCCGCACGCGCCAUCUCGCAGAGCAUGCUGUCCACGGCGGCGAACACGGCCCAGCGCAUCUCCAGUGCCGUCAAGCGCCUAGAUACCGAACAGGCCAACGUCAAGGCCACGCUGGACGUCGUCGAGCAGGUUGCCGAGCUGAAGGCAUGUGUACUAGGCGUGCACGGGUCCAUGGGUGCGCCGCAGGACUGGGAGACGGCCGCGAGUUACUUGCAUCGAGCAUCGCUGAUACCUGCUGAAGUGGUAGACGGCAGCUUUGCUGAGGAGAUCGUGCCGACUACCGAGGUGCCCGACCCACCGCGGGUGACUCUCGAUGCCGCCGCAGAGUCGCUGUGCGGCUUGUUCCUACGUGAGUUUGAGAAGGCGACCAAGGACGGAGAUGGCGCCCGCGUCACGCGCUUCUUCAAGCUGUUCCCGCUGAUCGGCCGAUCCGAUGUUGGUCUCGACGCGUAUGGCAAGUAUGUGUGCCAAGGCGUUGCCGCCAGGGCCAGGGCUACACUUCACGCCGGCACAGGCGCCAACCAGCGGCGCGAAGCAUUGUUCUACGCGACCGCGCUGACCAAGCUGUUUGAGCAUAUCGCGCAGAUCGUUGAGGGACACCAACCGCUCGUCGAACAGCACUACGGUCAGGGAAGGAUGAUUAAGGUCGUGGAGCGCCUUCAAGCGGAAGCCGACGUUCAGGGCGGUAUCAUCCUUGACACGUGGACCGACGAAAGGGCUGUGAACCGCAAACUCAUGGACGUCAAGUCAUAUCCGUACUCCUUUUUAGUCCAGAGCUUUGCACAGGCGCAGAAACCGACCGCAACAUUCCGCGCCGAGUCACCUUUCAAACGAGACGGAACGCCCUCCGGACGCCCAAGUGAGGACGAGGGCGUCGAUAUGAAGGAAAUUGAUAGCUUGCUUGGCGAGUCGGCCAUCAUGCUCGGACGCUGGGCACUGUACACUAGGUUCCUGGCUUCCAAGGCGCCUUCUACCGGCCUCGAUGGCAGCAACGAUGGCAGCACAGCGUCGAGCAGCGAUCAUGUUCACCUCACCCUCCCAACUUACAUCGCGGAGAGCAACUUGAACAAAAAGAUCUCCAACCUUCUCAUCGAUCCUUUCAACCUCAUGAGCACCUUUUUCUUCAGACGGUCCGUCGAAAAAGCGUUUCAGCUGGCCGAGACACCUCCUGAUCUGACACUCAAUAUGAACAAGCCCAUCACCUCGAAUGCACCCUUUAUCACGUCCGCCGUAGACGACGUUAUGUACAUGGUAAACCAAGUUCUUCAACGAUCCCUGGCAACCUCGCAACGCGCCAUUGUUGGCAGCGUCGUGCCCACAGUGAGUCAAGUGCUAGGAAGUGACUUUAUUGGCAUGCUCCAGCGCAAGAUGCGCGAUGAGUACUAUCCGAAAGCCGCCAUCCAAGGUGCUCUCCCACCAGAAGAAAAGAUCGUCCAGUUUGUUGUCCUGAUCAACAGCCUGGAUGUAACUAUUGAGUACCUCAAACGUAUCGUAGACACGCAUCUCGGUCAGACAACCGGGCCGACUAGGGUGGAUGGCCACUCCACAACCGACACUGAAAGAGCAAUAGAGCACUUCCGUUCUAUGUUCCCCUUUGGCAACGAUGCCGUCUUCGUGGUCAAUACUCUGAUCAAUAUGCAGAACUCUGUCACGACGAAGGCGAACCAGCUGUUGACUGACGGUGUCGAAGUCACAUUCCAUCAGGUGCUCAAGCCGCGCGUGCGACCCAUUCUUGCAGACGCCUUCAGGGAUGUAGAUUACAGUGCGACCAGCAUGUCCGAUAACGAUGAUUACGAUGACGUGGAUAACGACGGUAGCGCAGAGGACAUUGUGUCCAAGCGAUUCACGACCUCAUGGAACACACUCACCCGUCCACUUAGACGGCUGAUGACCAAGACUGCGUGGGAUAAGCUGCAGGCACACACAUUGCCUUAUCUAGCAUCCAGCCUGGAGCGGCGACUGUGGUCCAUGAACGGACGCCUCAGCGAGCUUGGCGCCACACGGUUGGAGCGGGAUCUCAGCGGUAUCAUCUCUGUAGCCUGUGGCGAGGGCAAGUAUGAGCUAAGGGACCACUUUCAGAAGUGUCAACAGAUUGUCAUGAUCGCGGGAAUGGAGGAAGAAGAGUGGGACGAGAUUAACGCAGGCGGUAUCGAGGAGGAGGAAAGUCCCGUCUUGUGGGUCCUGAGCAGGGAGGAAAGGACGAAGGCUAGAAAUUUGCUCUUGCGCGAGAGGUGAUUUUCAGUUCUUUGCAGUUAACCUACGUCUCAGGCAGAAUAAAAGAAGAAUGAAUAAACCCGCAAAAAUAAAA